AUGCGAGAGAAGGAUCACUCACCGCGCAAGAUGCUGCCCAGUCCAAAGCAAGGCGCGGUCUACCCGCUGCUCGGUCUCGGAUCCACCCUGCCCGCCCCGUUCGAUCUCUCGCUCGUCAACCGGUCCUCGUCCUCCAACCUGCUGCACCAGCAGCAGCAACACCAGCAGAGCCUCGCCGAGCAGCCGCUCGAUCUGCGGGUCGAGCGCAAGAAGUCCUCCGGCGCGAGCGGCGGAGGCGGCGGCACCUCCACCACCGCCUCGUCCGACGACGAGGGCACCGAUCCGCCGCGCGCCAGCUCCACCGACAGCAAGCCGAGCAGCAAUGUGAUAUUCUUUAACGAUAACAACAACAACUCCAACAAUCUGAACAACAACAAUAACAACAACAACAACAACAACAAUAGCAGUAGCAACCACACCAAGUCUACUUCCGAUAGCAAUAAGAGUCCGAGUCCCACGAAUCAUCACAACAACAACAACAACAACAACAACAACAACAACAGCUCGAAGUACACCAACAACAACCACAUCAACAUCAAGGAUGAGUUCCGAAUAUCGACCCUAGCGAACCACAGCCCAUCGGCGCUCUUCCCGCCGCCCGGUCUCAACCCGCUCAUGCUAGAGGCGAUCGCGAAGGCGGGACUGCCGCUUCCGUACCGUGGUUCCUUCCUGCCACCCCGGUCGCCUGUGUCCUACGAUCUGCAGCGGCUAAAGGAACGGGAAGCCCUGGCCGCCAGCCUGUCCCAGCUUCGCCAGAGUGCGACGAACGGCUCCGGAGGUGGAGGUGGUGGUGGGGGAGGAGGUGGUGGCAACAACGUGCUGAACAACAACAACGCGAACAUCAUCAACCACAAUCUACCACCAGGUGCCGGUGGUCCGGGAGUUCACGGCAAAAACAAGGACCGGUAUGCGUGUAAAUUCUGCGGGAAGGUGUUCCCCCGGUCGGCGAACCUAACGCGCCACCUGCGGACGCACACCGGCGAGCAGCCGUACAAGUGUAAGUACUGCGAGCGGUCCUUCAGCAUCUCGAGCAACCUGCAGCGUCACGUGCGCAACAUCCACAACAAGGAGCGCCCGUUCAAGUGUGCCCUCUGCGAGCGAUGCUUCGGGCAGCAGACGAACCUCGACCGGCACCUGAAGAAGCACGAGGCGGACGCGGCCGGCCUCGGACUCGGCCUGGACGAGCGGCUACGGGCGGCGCGGCGGAACUCACGCGGCAUCCCGGAGGACUCGUACUUCGAGGAGAUCCGCUCGUUCAUGGGCAAGGUGACGCAGCUACCGAUUCCGCUUCGAUUGCAGCAACAGCAGCAGCAACCUUCGUCCCAGACGCACCAGUCCAACUCCGGAACGGACAGUCCGUUCGGCCGACGUCAUCAGGACCUGCAGAACGACACCCACUCGUCCCGCAGCUCGACACCGUCGGACGACGAACCGGUGUCGCCGGCGGCCAGCAUCGGCAGCCACCCGGGCGAGGAGGACAUCAAGAUGGAGACCAACAACAACGAGGACGGCGAUGAACCGUUACAGGUCACCUGA